CCGAGAACGCCGUCACGUCAAUUAUACAGUGGGGUGGAUCUGUGCGCUUCACAUCGAGCUGGCUGCAAGUCGUGCCAUUCUCGAUCGCCAACACAGAGAUCUGUUCAAGAUAGCCAACGACCCCAACGAAUACGUCCUAGGCGACAUCGGCAGGCACAACGUCGUCAUGGCGUGCUUACCCUUGAGCCAGUAUGGCACGAAUAACGCGGCAAUCGUGGCAAGCAACAUGCGUUCGAGCCUCCCAUCGAUCCGCGUGGGGUUGAUGGUCGGCAUCGGCGGCGGGGUCCCUGGCGACGGCUUUGACAUCCGGCUAGGCGACGUUGUGGUCGGCACCACGGUGAUACAGUACGACUUGGGCAAGAUCUUACCGGGCGAGCGUGUUCAGCGGACUGCAAUACCAAAGGUGGCCCCGCAUGAUCUUUUGAACGCUGUCUCGAAGUUGCGUGCAUUGCACGAGUCCAUGCCCAGUGGGGUGCCUUCGAUACUUGAAGAGAUGUUCCAUCAGCGGCAACGGCAGCAGCCUACACGAAAGAGCUACUCUCCACCAUGGCUCCGAGCAUGGUCGAGGCAAUGCUGGCCGCUGACGUGCGGGAACCAACAACAUGUAAAAGUGAGUAUAUCAUUAGGUCCGACCAACAGGCGGGGCUGAUACCUUCGCAGUGCAACAGGAACUACAAGAUCGCAGAGCGCACUUGUUGGAGCUGCUGAGAUUUGAACAACUCGACUCGCGGCAUACGUCCAUCAAAGCCGCGCAUAGGAAAACGU